AUGAUAAGAGCGCGAAACGACAACAAUUGUCUGAUAUCGCGCGAGGAAUACGAGCCUAGAGUCGAGCUCACGAAGAUACAGUGGCGCGUGUCGCACGUGGUGUUGAAUGACGUCAAUAAAUUAUCGCUGUUGCGCGCGUUGGACAGCGGCCGAUAUCUGAGCGCGCCCUUUCGCUCGUGGAAUCUCUACGAGUUUCCGUUUCUGCAGAGCACGGCCAAACACUCGUGGAUCGGAAGGAAGAACGUCCUGUCGCAGGACGCUUCCAGAUUCGACGCGUGCAAUCUGACCAACGUAAAGUUGUAUCUCAAUUCCGACUUCUAUCCGUACGACGAUAUGAAUUUGGACUUCGAUAAGAACAAGAUCGCCGUACUGUACGAUGCCUACGCGAGAUUUCGACGAUCGUAUUAUGGAUCCGCGAGCGACGAGACGCUCCUGACUGUGAACAAAUUUCUAUACUGCGGCCCGCUCUUAGUGAUAGAUUGUUCCCGCCAAAAUGAAGUGGUUAGGAGCGCCACUGUGGACGUUCGUCUGGAAUUCGACUGCAAGGACAAUGUUCCUUCUAACAUCACGGCGUACUGUUUAAUCAUUCACGAUCGCGUGGUGGAAUAUAAUCCGCUGACGAACGUCGUGCGUAAGAUCCUGUAA